ACGCCCACGUUGUCGCGGUGCAAAUCUAAAAGUACCUAUAAUUAAUCAUACCGUGCAUUACCUGUGGCAAGAGCACCACUGGCACUAAAUACUACCGUGCGGAAGAGAAACUUUCAUCGAAUACGAGAGCUCAAACUCAACAGGCGCACGAGAAUGGCAGUGCCAAUCAGCAUUCUUUUACGGAGGCUAAACGAUGACACAUCUACACUCGAUUUCACGAGACUCCAGGAUUUAUAAAUACAUGUACAAAAAACUUGCAAGCCUUCCUUAUAGUAAGUUACUAGAGGCGGACGUCGUUCCCCUAGCUCCAAAUCUCUGAGAACGUUUUGGGUGUGAUGUUAACAAAAUCCGGCGGGAAAGCGGUGGCCGUAUCUUGUCGUCUGCGGCGUUGACUUAUCGGUUCUGAUAUUUCAAACGAAAACUCCUCUUCCACAAAUCAGCGAAUAUUACCCUCGCUUGCGGAAUACCGUCCUGUACUUCAUUAGGCUUUGUCGAGUGUGUGUGUGUAUUGAGGAGAGUAGUCAUGGCUUGUGGACUGGAUCAAAGUUGGGGAGUUAUGAGCUGUUUUGGGUCACUGCUCACCGUGAUUUUGUUGGAGGUUUCAUUGUUUACCACAGGGGUUACUUCUGUUUCCAUGUUCCCCAUAGAUCCCUCCAUCUCAGAGAGCCCUCGAGCAGCGUUCAUAGAAACGAUGAAUUACCUGUUCGAGUUCGGCUACCUCACCGUUCCCCUGGGGAAGUCGCCGGGUCCUACUGCCAUCUCGAAUGCGGUGUCUGACCUACAGUCUUUCAUGGACAUCACACCGUCAGGUACCAUGGGUCAGGUGGACAAGAAGACUUUAGACACUGUCAGGACUCCAAGGUGUGGUCUCAAGGAUCCUAUCAAACAAAUGUCUGGAGGAGACCCUGAUGCUGUUCUGCAUACGCGGUUUGGACCAAAGUGGAACAAGACUGAGUUAGUUUAUAAGAUUUUCAAGUUUCCACAGAACGUCAAGAAGUCCCAGUACCGUAACGAAAUAGCACGAGCCUUCCAGCUUUGGAGUAACGUCACACCGCUGACGUUUCGGGAAGUGAACCGGCGAGCUUCGGCAGACAUCGAUAUUCGGUUUGUUUCGGGUUUUCAUCAAGAUGAUUACCCGUUUUAUGGAGCGAUGGGCGUGGUGGGUCAUCCCAUGGUCGAGGAGAUGUACGAACAUGUCGUCAGGAUCGACGUAGACGCAGAUGAACAGUUUACAUUUGACCGCGCAGACGGUAUCAAUCUCCUCCAAGUGAUGUUGCAUCAGAUUGGCCACGCCCUGGGGUUAGGGCACUCUUCCGAUCAUAUCUCCAUCAUGUCUCCAUGCGUCAAACCAUAUAUUCCCAACUUUACGCUUACAGAGACAGAUGUCACUGGUAUUCAAUCAAUAUACGGUUUACCGAAUUCACCGACAGACCCUAUUUCUCCAGCCGGUAUGAGGCUACCUAGUCCGAUCGUCCAGCAUAGUGAACCCAGGUACCUCUGUGAGGAAAGACCUCUUGAUGCAGUCGCUAUUUUGGCAGGAGAAAUCUAUGCUUUCAAGGGUAAUAGAUACUGGCAGUUUUCAUCUCCUAAUGAUCUGUUAUCACCUAUCAGUGGUAGCCUGAUAUCAGACCGAUGGCCUGGUCUACCGGCUGGGAUAGCUGCUGUAUAUCAGAGGAACACUGAUAAUAAAGCUGUCUUUAUUAGAGCUGGUCGGAUGUGGAUCUAUGACAUCCACCCCAAAACAGUAAGUGAUUCCACAGCACCCUACACCCAGGUCCAUCUCCGAGAACUUGGUCUACCUAGGACCAUAGACAUGGCCCUGUCCUGUCCCUCCUGGCCCCAGUCUACAUACUUCCUCAAGAAAGGCAAGGUAUGGCACUACAGCGACCUCACCGGGUCUAUCUUGGAAGGUCCACUGCAGAUCCAGAACCUGUGGAAUGGUCUACCGACAAGACGCAUGGAUGCCGCUUUCACUUACAAUGGUAAUUCAUAUUUCAUCCUGGACGAUCAGUACUGGAAAGUGGAUCACAUGACUAACAGAGUGUCCCCUGGGUACCCCAAGAACUUUCAUACAGACUUUCUGGGUUGCUGAAUGGACCAAUUAUAAAUAUUCUUCCUAUAAACAUCAAACUUUCAACCAAUCAGGGGUAACUUCAAUACAGUUCAACAGCCAGCAACAGAACUACUUAGGCCAGUUUUUCAAGUUUAAAUCUUACAUCAUUACACCAUGACCUCACUGAGCAGAACUGUUAUUAGUCACUGGCAACCUGAAGGGAUGUCAGUCACUAGUGGAGGCGUAUAUAGACUAGCUUGAACUGAACUGACUAUAAUCACAUAUACAUCACUAAAAGUAUUCCUUGCAUCAAAAUUUACCGCUUAUCACUGGCAACCUGAAAGAAGUUUAGCAGCCAAAAAUAGAAAAGAAUCUUUAAAGUAGACAUGCACUGACCGAUCAUACAUCCCUAUUCAUAGAGAUAAGAUCUGUCCACCAAUCACACACUGGCAACCUGAAUGAAG